CCUCCCCGGCCCUGCCCUCCCCCUUGUCCCGGGAUCGCUCCGUCGCACCCACCAUGAUGGAAGACGACGGGCAGCCCCGGACUCUAUACGUAGGUAACCUCUCCAGAGAUGUGACAGAAGUUCUUAUUCUUCAGUUAUUCAGUCAGAUUGGACCCUGUAAAAGCUGUAAAAUGAUAACAGAGCAACCCGAUAGCAGAAGGGUCAACUCUUCUGUUGGAUUUUCUGUUUUGCAGCAUACAAGCAAUGACCCAUAUUGCUUUGUGGAAUUUUAUGAACACAGAGAUGCAGCUGCUGCAUUAGCUGCUAUGAAUGGGAGAAAAAUUUUGGGAAAGGAGGUCAAAGUAAACUGGGCAACAACACCAAGUAGCCAGAAAAAAGAUACUUCCAAUCAUUUCCACGUGUUUGUUGGGGAUUUGAGUCCAGAAAUUACAACAGAAGAUAUCAAAUCAGCAUUUGCCCCCUUUGGUAAAAUAUCGGAUGCCCGAGUAGUUAAAGACAUGGCAACUGGAAAAUCCAAAGGCUAUGGCUUUGUAUCUUUUUAUAAUAAACUGGAUGCAGAAAAUGCAAUUGUGCAUAUGGGAGGUCAGUGGUUGGGUGGUCGUCAAAUCAGAACCAAUUGGGCCACACGUAAACCACCUGCACCUAAAAGUACACAAGAAAAUAACACUAAGCAGUUGAGAUUUGAAGAUGUAGUAAACCAGUCAAGCCCAAAAAAUUGUACUGUGUACUGUGGAGGAAUUGCUUCUGGGUUAACAGAUCAGCUUAUGAGACAGACAUUCUCACCAUUUGGGCAAAUUAUGGAAAUCAGAGUUUUUCCAGAGAAGGGCUAUUCAUUUGUCAGAUUUUCUACCCAUGAAAGUGCGGCCCAUGCCAUUGUUUCGGUGAAUGGUACUACAAUUGAAGGACAUGUUGUUAAAUGCUAUUGGGGUAAAGAAUCUCCUGAUAUGACUAAAAACUUCCAACAGGUUGACUAUAGUCAGUGGGGCCAGUGGAGCCAAGUUUAUGGAAACCCACAACAGUAUGGACAGUAUAUGGCAAAUGGGUGGCAAGUACCACCUUAUGGAGUAUAUGGGCAACCAUGGAAUCAACAAGGAUUUGGAGUAGAUCAAUCACCUUCAGCUGCUUGGAUGGGUGGAUUUGGUGCUCAGCCUCCCCAAGGACAAGCCCCUCCCCCUGUAAUACCUCCUCCCAACCAGGCUGGAUAUGGCAUGGCCAGUUACCAAACACAGUGAGCUGGGACUCUAAACAAAAUGUAAUUCAUGAUAGCUUCAAUUUCCUUGUGACACUCUGAAGACAUGAAAGUAGACAUCGGAAAAUGAAAAUAUUUAUUUUAAAAAUUGAAAUGUUUGGAACCUUUAGCACAGCUUUGCUUUGGUGAAGGACACAUGUCUUCUAGUUCUGCCUUUUUAAGUUUUUGUUCAUGAUGGAUAUGAACAUGAUUUUUCUUUGUGUACAAAAACUACAAUAAAGUCAAUUAAGACAA